UUUUGUAGAACUAGAAAAAUAUAUCCUAAACUAAAUAUAGUACUAUUAUAUAUUAUUUCUAGGUACACACUCUAAAUGGAUAUGUCUAGGUAAACACUUGUAAAUCGAUAAAUCCUAAAUAUAUCCUAACAAUUACAGAAGAAACAUUAGAAUUAAGAAUGUAUAGAACUCCAGUCUCCAUAUAUGGAGUAUUAUAUGUAUAUAUUGGCGUUGGGUGCAAAGAAAACACUUAUAUAUAGCGUUCCACAUAUCUGGGUUAAAGGCAUCUGUUUCCAUAAAAACCACUUGAAAAAUAUUGAUAAAAAAAAAAAACUUUAGUUUGAUCUUCCACCACAAUAAAAAAAAAUGGAGGGCAAGCACAAGAAGAUCAAUGUGUUAUCACUCCUUGUUUUCCUCGCUUUUGUGCAAAUAAUGUCUGGUGCAAAAGUGGUCGGAUGUGGUAUUGACGACGAAUACUGUGAUAUUGCUUUUAACUGGUGUUGUGAUGGAUAUGCAUGUACGGCUCGACUGACCGGAGGUGUAUGCGUACGCGACCAUCAGAUUUCAGGUUGCCGUGAUUUGGGGGGAAUAUGUGGCUAUGCUGGUUUAUUCCAUUGCUGCGGAAGAAAUGUUUGUACAGAGUUUUGGGGUGAAGGAACUUGUGUAGAGGCAUGAAACAAACUACAAUCUCCAACAAGAUCUGGCAAUGGGAUCAAGAUUUUCUAUAAAAUCUUUAAUUCCUUUUCAUUUUUUAUGCUUAUGCUAGAGCUAUAUAUUUCAAUAUUAUGUUUCGGAUUUUAUUCACCAAGUGUAUAUUUUGUUGCCUUAACGUCAUGGCUAGGGUUAAAUAGGAUAUCUUUUAGUUGAGUUUUAUUUGUCAUUAUUUCUGUACUUUUUCUUGAUGUAAAAAAAAUAACGUCAUGGCUAGGGUUUUUAUUUU